AAGCGCGCGCCGGAACGCCUUGGGUUGUCGCCGAGGGGGCGGGGAAUCCGCGGGCGGAAGCGGAAGUGACGACAGAAGCAGGGGCGGAGACGCAAGAUGGCGGCUGUGGUGCUCGUGGCUACGCGGUUGCUGCGGGGGUCGGGUUGUUGGAGCGGCUCGCGGCUGAGGUUUGGACCUUCUGCGUACAGACGGUUUAGUAGUGGUGGUGCCUAUCCCAACAUCCCCCUCUCUUCUCCUUUACCUGGAGUACCCAAGCCUGUUUUUGCUACAGUUGAUGGACAGGAAAAGUUUGAAACCAAAGUAACCACAUUGGAUAAUGGGCUUCACGUGGCAUCUCAGAAUAAGUUUGGACAGUUUUGUACAGUAGGAAUUCUUAUUAAUUCAGGAUCAAGAUAUGAAGCAAAAUAUCUUAGUGGAAUUGCUCACUUUUUGGAAAAAUUGGCAUUUUCGUCUACUGCUCGAUUUGACAGCAAAGAUGAAAUUCUGCUUACACUGGAAAAGCACGGGGGUAUUUGUGACUGCCAGACAUCAAGAGACACCACGAUGUAUGCUGUGUCUGCUGAUAGCAAAGGCUUGGACACGGUGGUCGGCUUACUGGCUGAUGUGGUUCUGCAGCCUCGGCUAACAGAUGAGGAAGUCGAGAUGACGCGGAUGGCGGUCCAGUUUGAGCUGGAGGACCUGAACCUGCGACCUGACCCAGAGCCACUUCUCACUGAGAUGAUUCAUGAAGCGGCUUACAGGGAGAACACAGUUGGCCUCCACCGUUUCUGCCCCACAGAAAACAUAGCCAAGAUCAAUCGGGAGGUGCUGCAUUCCUACCUGAGGAACUACUACACUCCCGACCGCAUGGUGCUGGCCGGUGUGGGUGUGGAGCACGAACAUCUGGUGGACUGUGCCCGGAAGUACCUCCUGGGAGUCCAGCCGGCCUGGGGGAGCGCAGAGGCCGUGGAUGUUGACAGAUCCGUGGCACAGUACACUGGGGGGAUUGCCAAGCUAGAAAGAGACAUGUCCAAUGUCAGCCUGGGCCCGACCCCCAUCCCCGAGCUCACGCACAUCAUGGUUGGACUGGAGAGCUGCUCCUUCCUGGAGGAGGACUUCAUCCCCUUUGCAGUGUUGAACAUGAUGAUGGGCGGAGGCGGCUCCUUCUCAGCCGGCGGGCCUGGCAAGGGCAUGUUCUCCAGGCUCUACCUCAACGUGCUCAACAGGCACCACUGGAUGUAUAACGCGACCUCCUACCACCACAGCUACGAGGACACUGGCCUCCUCUGCAUCCAUGCCAGCGCCGACCCGAGACAGGUUCGAGAAAUGGUAGAAAUCAUCACAAAGGAGUUUAUUUUGAUGGGCGGAACCGUGGACGCGGUGGAGCUGGAACGAGCCAAGACGCAGCUGACGUCCAUGCUCAUGAUGAACCUGGAGUCCAGGCCUGUGAUCUUCGAGGAUGUGGGGAGGCAGGUGCUGGCCACUCGCUCCAGAAAGCUGCCGCAUGAGCUGUGCACGCUCAUCCGCAACGUGAAGCCGGAAGACGUGAAGAGAGUUGCUUCUAAGAUGCUCCGAGGGAAGCCGGCAGUGGCCGCCCUGGGUGACCUGACUGACCUGCCCACGUACGAGCACAUCCAGACUGCCCUGUCGAGCAAGGACGGACGCCUGCCCAGGACGUACCGGCUCUUCCGGUAGAGCCGCUCCCCGGCCUGACAGACCCAGGGGCUGCAGCUGGAGCCUGUUCCUGUGCGUGUUAGUUUGGACACGAAUUUAGUUUAAAAAGCUGUCUGGUUGUAUGAACAGUGCAAACAAUGUCACCACAGCACCCACGCAGUUUGCGUUGCUUCAGAACUCAAUGUGCCGAUCAGUGGAGUCAGUGUUGUGCCUGACCGCCGCAAGCCAGCAAGCAGGUGCAGUGCCCAGCGCUGGAGUGCAGCGUGCCGUGGGGAGGCCGGUCAGUGCUCCCCCUCCUCAGGGGCUCUGGGCACACGGGGCUCCACAGGUUCCUUGGAGGAGCCCUGAGCCGGGAAGCAGCGGAGGCCAGCCUAUCAGAGCCUCCCUGGAGGCCACCGUGCUCCUGUGUUGGCACCAGGACCCACCUCUGACAAACAGGACAAGGUGAGGGCCCAGUCUGCUCCGAGGAGAGCGGUCCAUGCGUGUGCACGCGGCUUCCCUGGUAAUAAACAGCUGGCAUCUU